UGGCACCUACAGCCCCUCACACUCAAAGCAAUGCUCAGGCUGGAAACAGAAGCUUCCGAGAGGCAGCCGAUGUGAGCAUGUGCGCACAGAUUCGUCUCCCAAUGGCAUGGCAGCUCUAGGAAAAUUGUUUUGAACAGACUUGAAUGUAUAAGAUUAAAGUUAAAGCAGAAGUGAGAACAAAAAAGCAAAGAGCAGACUCUUUCAGCUGAGAAUGAAUACUUUGAAGCCCAAGAUUUUAAAGUGAUAAUGAUCAGAGUCGUACCUAAAAGAGACUAAAAACUCCAUGUCACGCUCUGGACUUGUGACAUUUACUCACAGCAGGCAUGGCAAUUUUAACCUCACAACUUUCAGACAGAUAAAGACUUGGAGGAAAUAACUGAGACGACUCCCUGACCCAGGAGGCUAAAUCAAUUCAGGGGACACUGGAAUUCUCCUGCCAGCAUGGUGAACUCCACCCACCGUGGGAUGCACGCUUCUCUGCACCUCUGGAACCGCAGCAGCCACAGACUGCACAGCAAUGCCAGUGAGUCCCUUGGAAAAGGCUACUCUGAUGGAGGGUGCUACGAGCAACUUUUUGUCUCUCCUGAGGUGUUUGUGACACUGGGUGUCAUCAGCUUGUUGGAGAAUAUCUUAGUGAUUGUGGCAAUAGCCAAGAACAAGAAUCUGCAUUCACCCAUGUACUUUUUCAUCUGCAGCCUGGCUGUGGCUGAUAUGCUGGUGAGCGUUUCAAAUGGAUCAGAAACCAUUGUCAUCACCCUAUUAAACAGUACAGAUACGGACACACAGAGUUUCACAGUGAACAUUGAUAAUGUCAUUGAUUCAGUGAUCUGUAGCUCCUUGCUUGCAUCCAUUUGCAGCCUGCUUUCAAUUGCAGUGGACAGGUACUUUACUAUCUUCUAUGCUCUUCAGUACCAUAACAUUAUGACAGUUAAGCGGGUUGGGAUCAUCAUAAGUUGUAUCUGGGCAGCUUGCACGGUUUCAGGCAUUUUGUUCAUCAUUUACUCAGAUAGUAGUGCUGUCAUCAUCUGCCUCAUCACCAUGUUCUUCACCAUGUUGGCUCUCAUGGCUUCUCUCUAUGUCCACAUGUUCCUGAUGGCCAGGCUUCACAUUAAGAGGAUUGCUGUCCUCCCCGGCACUGGUGCCAUCCGCCAAGGCGCCAAUAUGAAGGGAGCGAUUACUUUGACCAUCCUGAUUGGCGUCUUUGUUGUCUGCUGGGCCCCAUUCUUCCUCCACUUAAUAUUCUACAUCUCUUGUCCUCAGAAUCCAUAUUGUGUGUGCUUCAUGUCUCACUUUAACUUAUAUCUCAUACUGAUCAUGUGUAAUUCAGUCAUCGAUCCUCUGAUUUAUGCACUCCGGAGUCAAGAACUGAGGAAAACCUUCAAAGAGAUCAUCUGUUGCUAUCCCCUGGGCGGCCUAUGUGACUUGUCUAGCAGAUAUUAAACGGGGACAGAGCA